AUGGAGUGGUUAGGAAGCGCCUUGUCCCCGGUGUCCCCAGAUGCCAACAGAUCUGACGUCCCUUAUGGAUACGGCGCCCGGCGACCCGGCAGCUCCAGCCAUUCGUCAUCAUCCUGUUUGAGCAGCGCCCUCACUGCUGUGGGGAGUUUGAGUACAAUGGCCUCGGAUGAAGAUUUGCACAUAAGUCUCCUAGAGGAGGGUGAACUUAGUCCCUCCAAGUCCGUAUUUCGGGAUGCCAUUCGAUGGCGCGGAAGGAGACCUCUGCGAACCGAUGAAUGUUAUAGCUGGCAUACCUUCACAGUAAAGUUGCUACUCCCCUUGGAGGAAGGAAAGUCCUUCACCGAAGAUGUGAUUUCUCUGUCACCCACGUCUGAGUCAGAGAGCAUGGCGGAUAUAGGACCCGCAAUGCCGCGGUGUCGCUCUGCCUCGGCUUCGCCAUCGUUCGAGCGGUGUAAACCCGCUCAGGACUUUGGUGUGGAUGACAAGUUCCGAGACUACGCAAAGGUUAUUGCGCGAGACGUUGCCAGGAUAUACGCAGGUCAUGAGCAGGUGGAUCAGCUGCGCUUGGAGAUGGCUGCUGUUUUGAGAGGCUAUGCACGGAAGCAUCCGCACCUGGGCUACACCCAAGGGAUGUGUUUCCUGGCCCUGGUGACCUGUAGCAAAGAAAAGGACCUGGCAGAGCAGCUCUUCGAGGACUACAUGACUUCGCUGAAGCUUCUUUGGUCGCCGGACUUUCCACUGAUCCAGGAAGGUAUUCCGCUGCUUCCUGGUUUGCUGGACAAGGCCGACAUGCAGCUGAGUUACCAUCUCUUCCACACCUUAGGACUGAAUUUGACGGCAGUCCUUCCCACAGCUUGGCUCUCCAUGUUCGGCAAGUGGCUUCCCUUUCAGCAGCUGCUGGAAAUCGUCCCCUUUUUGGCUGCUUCUGGGCUGCCGGGCUUUCUGGCAGUCACCAUCGUUAUCCUGACCUCGUUCCGAUCGGAUCUCUUGGGCCAUCAGAGCGUGGAGGAUGUUUUGCUCUUCAUUGCAGCCCUGCGGAAGUCGCCAGCACCGGCCAAUCUGAUGUUUUUGUGCCGACAGAUUCUCCCUGGAGUGAGGGAAGAGGUGCGAAACAGGUUCCUGGCUAAGAAUGUCAGGCUGAAUGCCUAG